AUGCUAUUUGCUGCUAGCUGUUUCAUACCAGUGGAGGCAGCUCAACGGUGUGGUUACGACUCCUUAAUCUCCUUGCGAGACGCAUUGUACGUCAAAUCUAAGCUACUAUAUGAAAGUGACAUUGAAGACGACCCAUUGACUAUUUGCCAGGCGUCCCUGCUGCUUUCGCACUACAUUUCCGAUUUAGAACCGUCGGCAAACUCUGAAUGGCUAGGAAUCGCCAUAAAAUAUGCCAAACUUGAUCAUAUAAACCGGUAUCACUAUCUGGCUAAAAAGCAUAUGCCCAAGAUGAAACGAGUCUGGUGGUGCUGUCUGAUUCGCGAUCGCAUCAUAUCCCUUGGAAUGCGCUGUCCGAUCCAAAUUCUCCCGCAGGAUUUUGAUUUGAAACAGCGUGGGAUAACACUAGAGGAUCUCAAGGAUGAGAUUGCCAACUCUGAAGCUUAUAAGCCUGACACAAAAUCCGCCCUCGGUCAGGUGCUGGCUAGCCUGUGCCAAUUCGUCGUUGCUGUAACCGACUUGACUUUGACACUCUACCCAGUAGCGAAAGUAUCAGCAUCAAAAGCAAACCACCAGAAUACCGCCAUGGAGGAUCUGGAAAGGGCCAGGCUCUUACUGCGCAAUUGGGAGCUAGACUGGAUGGGGCAGAUAGACAGCAGAGGCUUCUAUUCCCACCCGUCUAUAGCGUUAUAUACCAACCUCAUCGCGAUGUACCACCAUUCCGCUCGGAUUGCUCUCUGCAGCCGCAUGUGCUUGUUGACCGACGAAACAGACAUGGAGAGAUUUGGGCGCUGCCAAUCAGAGCUUGUAGCGUCAGUUGCAUCAAUAACAAACAAUGUGAAGCAGCUCUUGACCAACAGGGUUGCUGAUAGACUGCCCAUCAGUGCUGUGGCAUAUACAAUGCUACCUCAGAUUCUGCUCAGCGUGCAGUCACAGCUAUCCCCGCCUGAAGACAAAAUACAACAAGAAACGAUAUUGGUGCUAUUAACCGAAGUCAACCGCCAAUACAGCAUGAGGUAUUACACCGGUCGCACCCUGAGGUUAAUGUCGAGUGCUAUUUGGCUCUGCCAGGAAUUUAGAGCGUCUUCUGUCAAUACAGCCAGAGAAGACAAGCGUUUUGGCACUAAAUACCCACCACAGGUAUUCCAGCUGCGGCCGAGAGAGUAUAUGCAACUUUUACGUUACAUCGACGAAUCGAUGACUCUCACGCAUGAUGCUAUUGAGGCGAACUCGAUAUCGUUUAGGGCAAGUCAUACGCCUUCACCUUCUGAUUUACCCGUAUCGAGCACAUCUGAGUUUGAUAUAUCUGUCGGGAUGUCUGAUACAGUUUCGAUGGAGGCCAUGGACGAUCUGCGUUCGGGCCUUAAGACUGAAUUAUCGCAAUCCCCACCCAGAGAGGAGGGUUUAUUCACUUUCCAUUUAGAUGCUGUUGAAAAUUCUUGUGAUGAGUCUGAGGUGUUUCAGGAUUUAGUGAAUUAUUUACCCUUACUUGGGGAGUGA